GUAACACGCAACCCAAAUGCACCAAACAUGUAAAUUUACAUUCUAUACUUAAUAAGGGGACGAGUCAAUGUGACAACUAAUAGAGUAAAUGACAAAAGAACUACCCAAUUUUUCCAAUACACUAGUAAUAUGGCAGCAACGUAAUCAAUCAAUACCCAAUCUUGCCGUGAUAUACUGUUCCUAAUGUUUCCAACCUUAAUUACAUGUUAUUUUCAAACAAAACAAAAAAAGGUCAAUUUGAAGAUUCUUAAAAGGUUUUCCUCCCAACUGUAGGGCUAAAUUUACCACCUUUCACUCUCCUAAAAACUUUAGGUCAGCUCCCAUACAACUACAAGGUAGGCAAAUUCAACCAAAAGGUGGCCCACUUAAACUUUUACGUACUCUUGAUUACAUUAUCAUGUUAACAAUUGUUUUAAGAAUAAGGGCAGUAUCCCAACUGUGUAAGAUUACGACCCAUAACAAAAACCGACACUUUUUUCUAGUUUAUUUAUCAUGAUAAUAAUACACACACCAUGCAGAUAAUCUUCUUAAACCAUAACUUAAACCCGAAACUUCGAACGUAAAACUAUUGGAAUACAUUAUGUGAGAGAUGUCGAGUUUAUAACGGUUGUUAUCAGCGUGCGUGUGUUAGCUUACUGGGGGUUAGGACAGUGUAAUUGUCAGAGAGGAAUUAAUGGAAAGCAGAGAGAGAAAGACAGAAGAUAAAACAUGAAGAGAAAUACAUUAAAGAUGAGGCCCAGUACAACUACAACUGCCAGGCUCAGGGGUUCCUUGGAGUAGCAAUUAAGACUUUCUCUCUCCUCCAUUUUUUUCUUCCUUCUUCUGCUAGAUCGUCUUCACCUCCCAACCCAACAACAGUAUCAGAAAAAAAAAAAAAAAAAAAAAAAAAAUGUAAUACAAAUUAGAAAUUAGUAUGGUUUUUUAAGUAGAAAAGUUAGGAUUCAUUUCAUUUCUUUGCUUUCUAUUUUGAGACCAAAAAGAUGAAAAUGGAAAGCAGACAUCAUCAUAAAAUGUUCACCCUUACAAUGAUGACAAUAAUGGUGUUCAUCAUUGUUAUUACAUAUCAUAACAUGGGAAGCAGCAUUUUAAUGGUGAAUGCUUCCUGGCAAGAAGCAGAGGGUUUACGAUUUUACGAUGAACGAAGUGAUUACAAGAUCAGAGCCAUUUCUAGGGAGGAUAAUAGUGCAGUACUGGAAAAGUUCAGGGCUUUGCUUGGUUUAAGAACCUUUAACAACAAAAUGAAACGAAGAGAGUAUGGUUCACCUGCACCAUCUCCAUCACUGAAUACAAUCGAAGCUGAAGCUCCAGCCCCUGCUCCGGUUCCUGCACAAGCGCCGGCUAUCCAUACACGCUUGCAUCAUCUUCACCACCAUCAUCAUCACCAGUCACCCCGGCCUCGGCCAAUGCUGCCAGUACACAAGCUUGACAAUAAUCAGCACCAAGGAAAUGGAACAAAAAAGAUAGUUACAGUUGCAGUAGUAGUUCCUACAGGAGUGGUGGUAUUGGUAUUUGCUCUUGGAGUUUUGCUAUGGUUUAGCAAGAGAACGUAUCGCCAUAAGAAGGUUGCUACUGGAACGGCUUCGGUAUGUAGCGACCAAGGAGGGGAUAGAGAGAGAUCAAAGAGCAUAACAACUGAAAAUUUAGCAAGGAAGGUAACCCAAGACCUUAACUCUGAUUUGUUUUACAUUGACACUUUAACAUCUGUUCUUGAACCGCAAACAUGUUUAAGAGGAAGUCCUGAUUGUUUCGAGAAAUCGAUAAUGGGAAGCAAGGGAAAUACAUCGUAUGAGAGAAAGCAUUCAGAAUAUGAAACUAUACAGAUUGAGUCCAAGGAGAGCAGUUCAUUGGCUGAAGAGAUUAUAUCAGUUCAUGAGUAUACAGGAUCAAGUAGAUACGAAUCUGAUGAUCAGAAUUCUUCGAAUGCUGAUACGAUGGAUGGCAUUGAUAAACAUUCAUCCGAGGAUGAAUCGUUUCAUUCUUUGUGUGAUUCGCACUCAUCUAGUAAUCGUAAUAUUCGGCUUUCUAAUGCGUCAUAUGGUAGUUUUGGUGAUCCGGUGGAACUUUUCUCCCCAAACCAUAGUUUACCAGCAAACCCUCCUCAAUUAACUAUACCUGACCAAGAACAGCCAACCGAUAGGAUAGAAAAUGCUCUAAAUGGUCUGCAAGACAACACACAACCGACACCAUCUCCACCGCCUCCCCCUCUAGCUCCUCCUCCUCCACCGCCACCACCUCCACCUCCGCCCCUGUUUGCACACGUUUUUCCUUCAUUCAAAGAUUCUAACUGUUCCAAGGUGGUACAUAUAUCAUCUUCAGAAUCACAGCAGACCCGCAAAAAAGGCUUCGCUUCACCGCCAAAUACUCCAGAUAUUCUAGAUGGUCCACGAAACAUUCCACCUCCACCAUGUCCACCACCAUACUUUAAUGGAAAGGCCAGCUCAUCUAAAGGUCCCCCUCCACCACCUGGGCCACCUCCUCCACUCACGCCACUAGGGAAAGAUGGUGCUCCACUGCCAAAACUGAAACCACUACACUGGGACAAAGUUCGAGCUGCACCAGAUCGAUCUAUGGUGUGGGACCAGCUACGGUGUAGCUCAUUCGAGUUGGAUGAGGAGAUGAUAGAAUCUCUAUUUGGCUACAACCUAAAGAAUGUACUUGACAAUGAUGAAGGAAAAAGCAAAAGUCUCUCACCAAGCAAACAUGUCCUUGAGCCAAAAAGACUCCAGAACAUAACCAUACUCUCUAAAGCUCUGAAUGCCACAUCUGAGAAGGUUUGUGAAGCACUAAAACAAGGGGAAGGCUUGAGCUCGCAACAACUCGAGGCUCUGGUAAAGAUGGCACCGACAGAAGAAGAGGAAACGAAGCUAUCGAAUUACAAGGGAGACAUCAAUGAACUUGGAUCAGCAGAGAAGCUAGUUAAAGAAAUACUGACAGUACCUAAUGCCUUGCAAAGGAUUGAAGCAAUGCUUUAUAGAGCCACCUUUGAUGACGAGGUUGUUCACCUGAGGAAUUCAUUCCAAGUACUUGAGGAAGCCUGCAAAGAGCUGAGAUCAAGCAGGCUCUUCUUAAAAUUACUAGAGGCUGUGCUAAAAACAGGAAAUAGAAUGAAUGUUGGAACAAGCAGAGGAGGGGCCAAAGCAUUUAAGCUUGAUGCACUCCUUAAGCUGGCAGAUGUCAAAGGCACAGACGGGAAAACUACAUUGCUCCAUUUUGUGGUACAAGAGAUGAUACGUUCGGAGGGAAUUCGAAUGUCAAACAGCAUUAUGGGGAAGAUAGACCGACACACGAAGAGCAGAACAGUAGAGGAAAAGGAAGACAGUUACAGAAGGAUGGGUCUAGAACUUGUGUCAGGUCUGAGCACUGAACUUUGCAACGUGAAAAGAACAGCAUCGAUAGACUUGGAUGUUCUAGCAACAUCAGUUUCAAAUCUAUCAGAUGGAAUGUCUAAGUUGCUACAGUUGGUAAACAAAAAUUUGGAUCACACAGAAACAAAUGGCAAUUUUGUCCAUGCCAUGAAGGCCUUCUUAAACCAUGCAGAGAAUAACUUGAAGGAGUUACAAGCUGAGGAAAACAAUGUCCUGAUUAGUGUACGAGAGAUCACAGAAUACUAUCAUGGUGAUGUGAGCAAGGAUGAGGCUAACCCACUUCGAAUCUUUGUUAUUGUGCGGGAUUUCCUGGGAAUGUUAGAUCAAGUAUGCAAAGAGCUAAAAAGCUUGAAAAUACCAAGAACCCCAAAUCCUUUGGCUCCAUUUCAGUAAAUAUAAACAGUUUGGUUUGCCUUCAGAGUUGAUAGGUUAUCAACAACAUUUGCUUGUUAGUUAGGGGUUUGGAGUGCUUAGAUAUGAGUUGAUUCCACCAGAUUGUGUAAUAAUAUCAAUAACUAAUAUGACAUGAGAUCAACUGAUCAAGUGUGUUUUUGGCUAUAACUACAAAAGAAAGAAAGAAAGUAGUCUAACAGCAAUGUUCAACACCAAGUAGUCUGUAAAGCAGCAUCUAUCAGUAGCAUUUCCAAUGUAGAGCAAGACAUUAUCUGUUGUUGUAUGAAAGCAAGGCUACAACCUAUAAUUCACACCACUCGCUCUUUUGCUGACCAAAUCCAUCUGCUUGCCUUGUUUAGUUUCACAAUCAAUGAUCAACCUUUAAUGACACUGAGCACCCUUCUCACAAUUUACUCUAGGACCCACCUUUUCUAAUUCACCAAGAGUUUCAUACACACUAGAAAUAUGAUAGACGAGGUAAAAAGGGCAAGUCACCGAGAUGCAGAAUCUAUAUGAUAUACACUCAUUGACCCCAUAUGUUCUUUGGCUAUCAUCCAACCAGUUACCAGUAUCUCAGAUAUGCAAUAAACUAGCUACUGCAGAAACGCGUUCAUAAAGGAAUAAAAGAGCUAUAACUAUCCUCCAAUCCAACUAUACAUAACUACACAAUUCAACAAUCACCAUAAUUUCUCAAAAUCUCAACAGAAACCUCAUCAAUUCCCAGUACUGAAAGCUUAAAUGAUACCCCAGAAAAAUCUGCUUUCAAGAUGACUCAACCAAGGGCAAUCACAGAAAUAAUUAAUCUCUUAAUUACUUCAAAAUAAACCCAUUUCCAAUUCCAGAAUCCAAACUGCUUUACCUUGAAUUCAACAAAUAUAGACCUAUCAAAACACUUUGACAAAAUACCCUCUUAUAAUAAACAUCCCAGAUCAUUUAUAAUCCAACCAAACACUAUGCACAUUGCACAUAUCAUUUUAGACCUAAAUUGCACAAAUAUACAUAUCAAAAUAAAAUAAAUCAGCACAUAUAAAAGAAAAUGCCACCAUAUUAUGUUGCAUCAAAGAAAACCCACUAAGGCAAGAACAAUUUCUGAUACAACAAACCAACAAAAUCACCAUAAAUUCAUGCAUGUUAUUAAAAACCCAAGUUUGAAUUACAAGUAAAAAAAAGGGAGAGAAACAUAAAACCCCUGAUUAAGAAGAAGAAAAUGUUCCGGCAGGAAGCUCCUUGACAAGAGCAGCAAGAGCUUCUGGGUUGAAACCCAAUUCAGAGAGGGCGAUUAGGAGAGAGAUUGUGUGACGAUCAAGCUCUGU